CCGGCGCCGUGCCCCGGAAGCGGAAGCGCGGCCUCCAGGCUGUCAGAGUCGCCGUGUUACCCGGUGGUCCUGAAGUCUCGGGAAGUCCUUUUCGCUGCGUUUUUCCUGGUUCUCGAGCGCUUCCCCCCUAGCGGGUGGGGGCGCAGAGACGGAAGUGCGAGAUGAGCACCAUGUUCGCGGACACGCUGCUCAUCGUUUUUAUCUCCGUGUGCACAGCUCUGCUCGCCGAGGGUAUAACCUGGGUCCUGGUUUACAGGACAGACAAGUACAAGAGACUGAAGGCGGAAGUAGAAAAACAGAGUAAAAAACUGGAAAAGAAGAAGGAAACAAUAACAGAGUCAGCUGGUCGACAACAGAAAAAGAAAAUAGAGAGGCAGGAAGAGAAGCUGAAGAACAACAACAGAGACCUGUCGAUGGUGCGCAUGAAGUCCAUGUUCGCGAUCGGCUUCUGUUUCACCGCCCUGAUGGGGAUGUUCAACUCCAUAUUUGAUGGUAGAGUGGUGGCGAAGCUCCCUUUCACCCCCCUCACCUACAUCCAAGGACUGUCGCAUCGAAACCUGCUGGGGGAUGACACCACGGACUGUUCCUUCAUCUUCCUGUACAUCCUCUGUACCAUGUCCAUUCGCCAGAAGUGCCUGCCUGCUGCUCCAAGGUCUUUCCGGUGCUCGUUUCAGAAGUCCAGCCUGUCACCUAAAGCUGCUUUAACUGUGUGGUCCUCGGGGCAGGGAGUAGCCGUGAAGCCACACGCGGUGUCACGGCCCCUUCCCGGCCCUCGGUCCUCGGUGCUAUAGCCCCUUCCCUGUCCUUCUUCGAUGCAACUGCCCGAAGGUUCACAGGUAAAGACUGGGUCGGGCCGCCCGCUGUCAUUUCUUCCACAUGACACGCCGGCGCCUUUUGUCCCUUCAGGACUCAUCUGGGGAUUUUAAGUCAUUCGCAGUUGGGACGAGUCUGGGCGAUGGCAGUGCGGUCGGAACCCCUGGAGCGAAGGACGGGGCGGGAGUGGGUCAUGGCGCCCGUCACGCCCAGACAGUCUCGAGGGCUUCACCGGUUGCGUGGCCAGCGCUGUCCCGCGCGCUCAGGCCGGUCCCGUAUGCUCAGAAGCAGCUUUCUGGCUCACCGCGUUCGCUCCCAGCGCUGCCGGUCUUUCCUGUUUACCGUGGUGGAAUGGACGCAGGAUAGGAGUGACCGUUUAACCGUGGUCAAUUGUGCAGCUUGGCGACAUUGCGUACGUCCCACAUCGUCGUGCAGCCAUCGCCACCGUCCGUCUCUAGAGCUUUCCAUCUUCCCAGACCGAAGCCCCGUCCCCAUUAAACCUCCACUCUCCAUUCCCCGCCCCGCAGCCCCGGCAGCCACCGGUCCAGUUUCUGCCUCAUGUAUCCGAGGACUCCUCUUUGCGCACGUGACCUCCUGUGAGCGGACUCACAGUGUUUGUCCUUUUGUGACUGGCGCGUUUCAUGGUUCUGUCGCGUGUGUCGGGAGUCCCUUCCUUUCCAAAGCCAGACAGCGUGUCACUGUGCGUGCACCGCAUCCGUUUAUCCGCGCACCCGUCACGGACGCUCGCGCUGCUCCACCUUCGAAUGCGGCGUAUCAGUGUCCGAGUUCCCGUGUCCACUUCCUUCGGGUCCGUACCCAGAAGUGGGUUUGCUGGGUCACGGCGCUUCUGGCGUGGUCCGCGGAGGCCACACCGUCCUGUUUGGCACAGCUCCUGGCCAUCUUACUCGGCACUGUUCAUCUGAAGGCUGCAGAGCCCCGGCAGCCUGAGCCCGUUCCUUAAAGACUACGAGGACUUUCUCACGGUUGAGUUUCAGCGAGGGAAGCCGUAAUUUCACUCAUUCAGAAUUAAUGUUUAUGCAAAACGUGUAAAAACUAUGUUUUAUGCAGGUUACGUCCAGCGGCGGGGGUGGCCUUGCUGGUUUUAAUGGGGAGUCUUCUUACGGCGAUGAGAACGCAGCACCUAGGAGAGUGACGGUCACUUCCGUCACCAGUGUCUGUAGAGCGCCCACAGUCGAAGCGAUUAGGUACUUUCAUCACCAGGUUUCCCGGAUUUACGUUUUUAGUCUUCUCCUUGUGAGAGGUAAUGACUACUCUCACAUACGUCCAUUGAUCACACCCCCACGGUCUUAACCAGAACCCUCUUCCCUCCUAAAUGCGAGCGGUGGCGUAAUUCCACCAGCCAGCGCCUUCCCUGCCUACCGCCCCGUUACGAAGCAGGUGUAACGUUAGGCUGAAUUGAGGUGUCCGUCUGCUCCAGUCCCUCUGCCCCCUGCCCCCUCCUUCAGAGAGCUGAUGAUCACAUCAGCAGCGAUUCCCUGAUGGAGUCACCUGUUUGCUCAACAUUCCUUCAAAAUCGAGCGUGAACACGUAUCCGGCUCCGUGCUGGGCGCUCAGCGGACGGUUGUAAACCAGACUGACGUCGGACUGUGGUCCUCGCCCUCGUGGAACUUAACGUUUCUUUUGAAAUAAAAAGGUUGAUUUCCCACCCGCAGCUUCACUUGAAAAAAAUCGCUGCCAAAUAGGAGGGAGGGUAUAAGGACAUUUAAAAUCAUUUCUGUAUGCUAAUCGUUCCAAGUGGAAGCAGACGAAACAGAAUAUUCGUUGAGUCUGGUUUUCAUCUGUUACAUAUUUUUCCCCAUUCUAGGAUGUUAUUGAUUAUAUGAUUCACCGUUGAGUGAAGAGCUUUCAAGGAAAAGAAAUAAUAUCAUGCUGAUCAUAUAAGAAUUUAAGACACAUUUCUACUUUGAAACGGCGGGAAAGAGGAGGCAUGCGUUGUAAGGUUGAGGAGAUACAGUGUUCGGAGGCUUGAAUCUCGCUGCCGCUCAGGCUGAGUGUCCUUGGGGAAGUCAUGGAACACUUUUCACAGCGGCGAGAGGGGCUUAGUGUUCCACCUCGCCGUGUUCCGAUAAUCGACAGUGAUCUUGAGACAGUGAUCUUGAACGGAAGCAGCUGUUCUUAAGGCAACACUUCUUUUUUUUAACCAGUCCGUCCCCACCCCUGCACCCCAGGGGUAUUUUUUAAAUUACUUUGUUCCCAGCCCUAGACAGGACGAAAUUUCUUUUCAUGGAUUAGAACAUGGUGAGAUGUCAUAUUAACUGAAAAUACAUCUGAUUUUUUUUUCUCAUUUUAUCCUCCUCCUCUUGUUUCCUUCCUCAAUGGUUAGUGAUUAAUGAUUAGCUGUCUUGACCUUCACCUCACAGCUGCUUCCUUUGUGUGAAUUCGUAGCAGCGGAAAUGGAAGGUUGGCCAGCUUCCAUCGGAGGGGACCAGUGAGUGCAGGUAGCGAAGAGGUUUCCUUAACCCCUGAAACAAGGAGACUUGCUUCUUUUUCCUUAUCAUGAGUCAGCGGUGGAUUGAGCACAUGGUUGUCUCCUCUACGUGAAGUGCUCUAAAUCUCAGUAAAAAUCCCGGCAAACUUAGCUGAUAAACAGCUAGGGGAAAACUGGUCUGUUUUAUAAAUUUAUAUGAUUUCCUAUCAUCGUAAAAGCUAUAGACAGAAUUCUCUUUUCUUGGAAAGCAGAAAGUAUUAGUGGUUCUGAGGAAAUGUUGUUUUUUUGUCGCUCACAUCUUAGUAUAUAACUUUGUUUCAUUGUUUUCUUAGUAUAUAACUUUGUUUCAUUGGUUUUUUUUUUGUCGCUCACAUCUUAGUAUAUAACUUUACGUACGUAUGACCGUAAUCUAAAGAAGGUCAGCGAGCAUUUGACAUCGUCUCCUUCAGCAGGCGUAUGUGUGCUCAGGACGGUGAUAAAAAUAACUUUCACUUUUUUCUCACACUUCUGGCUUUCCUAGGGAAGCCUAAGCAUUUCGAUAUGCCCCGUAUGUGUUUAAAACCUGGCCCUAAUAAUGUCAUGUCAGGGUUUCUGAAAGGCAUCAGAAUGCUAGAAGGACCAGAUGCCCGCCAUUUCCUCUGCCUCCUCAUUAAUUUAUGUCACUUUACUUAAGGUUUAGAACAUAAUUCAUUAACGUCAGUGCAGCUCAUCUCCAAGCAGGGUCUGUUCAUUUGUGAUAUUUAACUCUAGAUCGGUUUGGAAAUGCUCGUGGUUCAGAAAGUGAUAGCUAACUGCUCAUGGAGAGGAACAGGUUCUUCAGGCAUCUUAAUCUGAUCCUUCGUGAAUUGUUUCGGCGCCCGCCUUCAAAGCUUCAUUUAGGAUGUUCUCUGUCAUAGCUGAAGAUUGAUUCGUCUUCGUACCAUGCCGGUGAUUCUCGGAUGCUGAGAAUACAGGGGCCAAAAGCAUGGUGUCACUACCCUGUGGAACUCAGUCUGUGGGAAAACAGACCCAUAAGUAAUUGCAGUGCUUGAUCCCUGUGUGUGUGUGUGUGCACACGCACAUGUGCAUGUGUACAAUAUGGUGUAGGAGGGAAAAACACGCUGUGGGCACGUAAUGGCUACAGAGAUUAGUGCUGUGGACAUAAGAUUUUGUACAAAAGGGACAUUUGAGGUGUAUCUUGGAGCGUGCGUAGGGGUUUUCAAGGGCCAUCAGAGUGGUCUUGGCACAGGAAGCAGCACGAGUAAGAGCGUGGAAGCUCGAAAGCGCGUCACGAGUGCAGGGACCUCUGAGCCCCGAGUCGCUCGUGGGCGUCACAGGAGAUGAAGCAUGUCACUGCUCCACGUCUGCCUCCCAGGACAGCCUUAACUGGCUUCUUUUCCUUAUUCUGCAAGUCUGCCGGUGACAAAGUCUCUUAUUUUCAUUUAUCUGAAAAUGUCUUUAUUUUAUGUGCAUCCUCGAAGGAUAUUUUCUCUGGACAUAGUCUUCCCGGUAGGCUGUUUUUGUGUGUUUUCACAUUUUCAGCAUUUUAAAAUGCCUUUCCCGUCUCCUCUGGCCCCCUCUGUUUCUGCCGAGAAGCCUCGCACACCCUUUAUCCCUGUAGAUCAGCGUCGCUUUGCUCUGGCUGCUUCCUGAUUUUCUCUUUCAGUUUGCUUCUCAGCAGUUUGGCUAUGAUGUGUCGAGGAUUUAAACAAUUUUUUUUUUUUAUUCUGCUAGGUUUUCAUUAAAUACGGGAAAAUUUCAGCCACAAUUUCUUAAAAUGUUUUUUCUGCCCCAUUUUUUCUCUCUUAUUCUUCUGUGAUUCCAGUUAUCCAUUAGUCUUUUUGAUAUUGCCUAACGUGACCUUGAGGUCCCGUUCAGUUUUUAAGAAUCUUUUUCUCUCUUUUCUGUAGAUAGGAUGAUUUCUCUUGAUCUGUCAUCAAGUUCACUGACUCCUUUGUCAUCUCUAAUCUGAGUUCACUGUAAACCCAUAUAAUGAUUUUUAAGUUUUGAUACCAUAUCUUUUAGGUCUAGAAUUUUUUUUUUUUGGCUGUCCCUUUUCCCUGCUGAGAUUUCCUAUUUAUUCAUUUAUUAUGAACAUUUUUUUUAUGUCCUUAGGCGUAGUUAUCUAACUGCUUUAAAAACCUUGUCUACUAAUUCCGACAUUUAGAUCAUCUCAAGGCUGGACUCUUAUCUGUUGCCCGUUCUCUUAAGUAUGUGUCAUGUUUCCUAUUUGUCGAUAUGUCUAGUAAUUUUAGGUUGUAUCUUGGACAUUGUGAAUGAUAAGUUUUAGAGACUCUGGAUCCUAUCAUUCUUUGGAAGAGUGUUAAUGUUUGUUUGAGGAGGCAAUUAACUUGAUGUUCAAACUCAAUACUCUGUCACGUUUCAGGCAGCACCUGAAAUCUCAGUCAUGUUAGUCUUAGCCAGGCUGCUUGGAGACUGCCUCACACACGCAGAGUUUGAGGCUCAGCCAAAGAUUUGGGCAUUGGUUACAUAUAGGAUUUUGAACCCUCCCCUGUUAGCUCUCUAUUUUCCAGUUUUCUUUUUCUCAAUUUUAAGGUGCUCUGGUUGCCCUAAUCCCUGUCCUUCGGUUCUUCAAGCCAGUAACUGUACAGUUUCAUUCUCAGUUGUAGACACCCUGCCUAGUGCCACCUGGGCCCUGCCAUCCAUUAUGAAAUUUAAAAAAUAAUAAAACAUCUUGUCGUCCUUCACUGAACUAGAAUUCAGAACAUUCCCCUUGACUGGUCCUCAAAUAAGGGGCUAAACCAGAGAUCUAGGGAGUUUUUCAUUGGAAGGAUGGAUGAGAGAGACAGAGAUUGAUUGUCACUUGAUCCCCUGACACUCCCCUCCCCCUCAAAAAAUGACCUUCCUUACAGAAGAGGCCUUUGGACGACGUAGGACAGAAAAUAUCCAUUCAGAAUUACAGUGUCCCCUAGUGCGGGUCCCGUUUGCCCAUCCUCCUUGCAGUUUUGAUUUCCACUUUGCCAGGUAGAGUUGAAGUCUGCGGCAUAAUUUUUUACAAUGUAGACACGUUCUACAUUGCCACAGGGGACUGUAUAGCUCUUUGGAGGUGUUUAUUGGGGAGGCUUGCAGGGCCCAGCAGGGGGACCCAACCCUAUUUUGUUUGUUUUCUGUAUUGGGUUCUUGCCUGAGAUUUUGUUGAAAGAAAGGAUUCUGUGGUUUGAAGGGUCUCACUAGAUCUAGUGAGCCCUCUCCGCACCUUGUUUUAAGGGUAAGGAAAUUGAGAUUUGGUGAAGUAAAAAGACAUUUCUUAUUAUUUCGUCACCCAGUUUGCCAGUACCGGAGCUUAAAUCUUCUGAUGUGCUACCCAGUCAUAUUUCAGCUGUGCCAACGUCUUAUUGCCAUUUUUCUUCAGUAAAUAUUUAAUAUUUAUGUCGUUCUCCCAAACUACCUAUUCAGAUGUCGUGCGAAAAGCCUGGGAUUGUUGGAUGGGGCCAUUUAAGGUGAUUGGAUUCUCACGCAGUUUGUGAGUAUAGUAGAGAUACGAGAACUCGAUGAGAAAUUGUAAUCGAUCGUAAGUGAAGUCUGUUUGCCAUAUGCCAGAGAAACGAAGGGGGAACCGGUGACCGUCACGGCUGUUAUUUUAGCUAAAUGACUAAGGAAUAAAAUAUAGAAGAAUAUGUUCAUUGCCAAUGACCUGGGUCUUCCCAAAAUAUCCAGUUAGCAACCAACAACUUCCUUUUCUUGAUCACAGGUCCUUAUCCUUUGCAAAGAGGAAGGAAUGCGAAUCCGGCAGUGGUAUUUUUUGGGGUUUCCUGCCAGUAGAGGGCGUGGUUACGGGAAAAUGUUUUUCCUUUGUUUUCCCUUCUGACUUAUUAAUACUCCGGUUGUUUCCCUAGUGCACAGGACUGGACAGAAAUUCAGAAGAAUCGUUUUAUGUUUUUCCAAAACCCACGUUAAGUGUUCUUCUACGUCAUCUUUAUGAUAUAUUAAAACCCCUGUCUUUUAGCAAAAUUUACACUUCUAGCUCUCGCUAAUUAAGGCCUGAGGAGGGCUGAGAGACCGUAGGAUGGCAGUCAGGUCGGGAUCAGUGGCGGAGGCUGCUGGAACGUGUAGAGCAGGUGACAGGUGUGGAAGUGCCUGCCCGGGCGCUGGGGCUCAGUGAGCACUGACGAGCAGCCUGAUGGUGGAGCCCCUUUUCUUAUCUGCACAUAGGGGUGCCGAUCGGCUCGUUCACUGAGUUGUGAGGAUUUAAAUAAGAUAAUAUACGUAAAGCGCUUAGAACAAUGCCUAGCAUCUGGAGAUGGCGCCAGAGAAACGUUUGUCUUUAUUUUAAAUUACCCUGUUUAGGAAGGUUGGAAGCCAAAAGUGAGACAAUUAUUAAUACCAUUAACCAUUAAUAUUAAUAAUUAAUAAUUAACUAUUAUUAAUACAGCUGUUAUUUUUCCAGAUGUCCUUGCAGUAUUCGUUUAUGUUUUUUGUAAACUUUAUUUUUUAGAUCGGUUUUAGGUUCACAGUGAUGUGUUUAUCCAUAGUCUUUGUAAUCAUGAUUUAAAAAAAAAAAUGAGCCAGGCCUAUUUUAAAGAUUUUUAUUCCUGAGAUAAAGGUCUGUGAGAGGAUGGGGCUCGGUAGGGGAAAACUGUCCUUGAGUUUUAGGGCACUUCACACCCUGACUGUGACCGCUCCACUUCGGCUCUCUUGUCCCUAAAGCAGGGAUGACGGCCGGCUGACACCUGGUCCUCAGAACCGUUUGUAGACUUGGCGGCAGCUAUUCCAACAGUGUCCUGUUAUUUCAAAUUUUAUCUUUCGAGUCAUUUCCCAUAGUGCCCUGCUAAGCCCUGAACAGGCGGUAAGUGGCGCGUAAAUCCUGAUGAAAUGCAAGACCUCGGAUGAGUGUCGCCGCGUCCUUGGUCUUCUUGCUGCUUUGUGUGUGCAGCGGAUUUUCCAGAGGGGACACAAAGCCGUUUUCAUUCCGAAGGUGACAUGGUCAUUGUCCAGCUUUACCGGGGAGAAAGAGCCUCACCUACUAGGGCUCGAUUUUUGUUCUUAACUAUUUUCAGAUAUUUUUUUUAAGGGAAAACAUGAGCCAUAGUAUUGUGACUACAUAAGAAAGUAAUUUUAUGGCAAAUAUAAUUUCAGUGGAUUCUCGAGGUGGUGUCUUCGUAUUCUGUCACAUUCCGUUAUAACCUGACAGCAUUAUAUUAUCUCAGAAGAACAAACCCUCGCGUCGAAUCAGCCAUCAUCUUAAUGAUGCAGGGUCAGGAGCGCAGCUCAGGGGAGCCUGGCUGUGAGUGUCAAGCUGCCUGCUGUGCGGUCGGCACUCGGUAACUACUGAAUGACAAAUGCAGACAUGCCCACCUGCCUACCGUGGGGCGACUGUUCUCAAGACCACAGCUCUAACGUAGGAGGUACCGUGUGACGGAACCCAUUAGAUCAAGAAUCAAAACACAUGGGUUUUAAUUCCAACUGCUCUUCACUUCACUUUGUAAUUUCGGACAAGCCAACGGAGUUUUCCAAGGUUUUAAUUCCUCAAACUUAAAAUGAAAGAAUUGAGCAGGGUUAAUCAGAUGACCUUUCCCAUUUCCCGAUGCUGUACAGAAUCUUAGCAGCUGACCUUGACUCCACGGUCCCGUGCCCUCUCCCUCCGUAAAGCAUUGCGACUAAUCCCACGUCACGCUGUCCACUCAUGAUAGCCUUCCAGGGGUCCGCUGUGUUUAUCCCCAAACUGUUUAUGUGGGUUUUCCUUGCUGUAUUUAUGUAAUUUAGUUUAAUUUAAUGUUAUACUGACUAACGAAAUCCGAAUAUAAAAACGUUUUUUUUUUGAGGACCAGUUCAACAAAAUGUUUCGAAAAAUAGCUGUCGAAUUAGAUUUAAGUGAGACAACUGAAAAAGAUGAGGGAAGGUGCUCAAAAUCUAGAAUUCUGGACCCAGAUCACUUCUAAGUUCUCUCAUUUCUUUGAAGAAAUUGAACCCGAAUAUUUCAGUUUUAGAGGAAACGGUGCAGUAGUGACGAACCCCGUGCAGAAAGCCGUGCUCAGGGAAGGGGCUUUGCUUCAAGACGUAGCUGAUGAGUGUACUGUAAAUGCUUCGCGUUAAAAUAAGUUACCCAUUUUUAUGCUUCUCCACUUUAGACUGCAGUCCCAUCAGGUAAGGGGGCCUUUACUGUUCUGUGGUCUCUGCAACGUAGUAGGCCUUUUAAAAAAUGACAGCAGUGAUCAUCCUAUUUCAGGUCGCAGUGGCACUUUGAAUUUGUGUGGCUUUUCUUCAUAUGGGAUCUAUGUCAAGCACUCUUCUGUGUCUCACAUUAAAACCCAGUUUUUAUUUUCC